UCUUAACUGUAUAAAACUUAAAAACUUAUUUCCAGUUUUAUUAUCAGUACUUAGCAAUUGCCAAGUGUGAUUUAUUUGUAAACUAUUAUACCUCAGUUUAAUGGUUUUGUCUUCUCCUAUGCAAUAUUGGAUCUUUUUUGCGUAUUAGGACCUUUGUAAUUUGAAUAUAGUUUUAUUACAGCCACCAAACCCUUAAAACAACAUCAUCACUGUAUUAUGUGCAGAAAUAAUGAAAUUGUUCUUUGCCUUUUUUUCAGUUUACAGAAAUUCAACUUUCAAUGUGGGUAGUGAAGUUAACCUGACAUGCAACAAUAAACUGUGGAAUGAGACGCUCUAUGUAAUCUGGAAUAUAAAUACAUACCAAAAAUGCAGAAUCUCCCACAGCAAUAGUGAACACACAAGUAAAAACUCCUGCAGUGGUGGCAUGUCUCUCCAAAACACAUCCACAUCUCAGUCGUACCUGCACAUCCCAAACUUUUCAAAUAAUGACGUGGGGAUCUACAACUGUGACUCGGCUUACACGGGAGGAGCUGAUGCCAUUAGUAUCAACGUGGCUAUCACAGUUCCUCCCAAUAUAUCAGCCUGGUUUGAGCAGAAGGGUAAUACGACGGUGGCUGUGUGCAAAGCUGAAAAUGGAAAACCUGCUGCCAACAUCAGCUGGAGCCAUAAAGGAAAUUCAUCAUUGAAAACCUCGUCUAGCUCAGAUGGAUUCAUUACAGUAGAAAGCCACAUGGAUAACCCCGAAAAAAACCUGAGAUGCAUAAUCACACACCCGUACUGGAAAAGUAGGAAAACUUUGAUACUAGAACCCAUGAAAGAUCAGCCUGCAGGUCUUCAAUUUAAUCUGUUGUACAUCCUCAUUGCUGUAAUAAUCAUUGCAGUUUUGGCUGGAUUCUUAUUCUUCACACAAAAGACACUACCAAAGCUAAGGUCUUGCAGGCAAGCCAACACCUCACUUUCCAAACAGGCAGAGGAUGUGGAGGAAGUGGAGCCGUACGCCAGCUAUGUUCAACGUGUCAACUCUAUCUAUAACUCAUAAAAAUCCUGUACAAGCAUCACAUGCACACACACAGACAGACAGACAGACACACGCUCACUCACACACACACAUUUAAAUGCACAUAGGUCUCUGUGAGAAACAGAAGGCUGUGAAACUGAGAAAAGGUAAAAUAGUAACUAUGAGAGAAGAGUGAGAUGAAAGAUUUCCGUCAAGACAGGGAGCCUUACAGACAAAUUCUCUCCUGAUAAACUUGACUGAUGGAACAGGGGAUGUACCUAAUGUCACACACUGGCACGUAUGCACAGUACAUGCAACCCAGUACUUGGUGUGUGGGCUUCUAUGUAGAACAUUAACUACAAAUGCAAUGAACUGUUGAACGGGAAAGUAUGCCAUCCUCAGCCAUAAGCAGUUACAGCAUGCCAAGACUACAGACCUAUAGUUUUGAUGUUGCUGAUAAAAUACAUGUCCUGCAAUUAUAUAUGAUAACAUAUAUUUAU